AUGUCAGCCAACAAUAAGAAAGGUCUCACAGUUACGAUUGAAAGACGAAACACCGACGACUCGACUUCCUCAGAACUCAAGACACCUCGCACAGCACGCUUCGCGGAAGCGACAUCCGUGCACUCACCCAUUGACGCACCCAAGUCGCCAUUCGCGUCGUAUCCUACAAACCACUACCAACCUCAACCUCAAGUAUCAGACGUCGGCUUCGGCUACGUCCAACCAGUCGAAAUGGAGGAAACAGACCGAAGAUACCUUCCUCCACCAACACCCAGGGGCCCUCUGAAGAGUGCUCUGAAGUCGCCUGGGGCGCCUCCACGGACACCUGGCAGGCCAAGCAUGAUCCUGAGCCCUACCUUCAGGGAGGAGCGCGAUCUUGAGAAGCAAGAAGCUUCUUUGGAGAAGGAGCAGGCUAAGGAUAUCAAAGUCAAGGUCCGAGUAAGAAUCGCAAAGAUCUUCUUGCGCGGUAUCAACUUUGCCUGCAGUCUCAUCGUCCUCUCGAUGGUGGCAACUGCACUCGCCAUCUUCCAUGCGACAAAGGCGCUUCCCAAGCGAAACAACCUUCCCCCAUGGGCCGACAACACCAAGACCUGGCCGCAAAUCCUCCUCUUGACCAUCGCUUGCAUCUCACUCCUCAUGUCCAUCAUCGUCAUGGUUGCCUACUGUAGAGGAGGGCACAAUCGAGCCGAAAAAGUCGCUGCUUACUACACCAUCUUCGCCGUCGGUUUCUUCAUCUUGAGUAUCAUCAUGUGGGCUGUAGGUGCGGCUGUCUUCAACCAAAGCAAAGCGCAGAACAACAACAAAGACAUGUGGGGCUGGUCUUGCGUCGACAACAAGAGACGGCAUCUGUUCGAAGACGACAUUUCUUACGCGCUUGUCUGCCGCCUGCAGAACUGGGCACUCGUCUGCUGCAUCAUCGAGGUUGUCAUUGAGGUUCUCUGCAUCAUCAUCUACGCCAUCGUCUUCUACCGUUUCUGGUCCAAGAGGAAGCUCAGGAAGUCCAUGGCCGUUCGCGACAAGGCUCGAUCCGACUUGUACCUUGCUCAGCUCCGCUCGCAGUCAGCACCAAACACACCAGGAUUCGGACCUCUCUCGCCUCGCUCCGGCGGCUGGCGCCCACCCCCAGGUCACCCAGAUUACAUUGACCCCAACGGCAUGGCGCACGAGGGCAACGACGGCAAAGUUCAGUACGCCCAGGUCCGCGAGAUCGUCCAACCGCAGCCCUUCGCCCUGCAAGCGCCUCCGAUCAAGGUCACCGGCGCCACCCCCAAGAUCAGCCAGGACGGCUUCGACGCACCCGCGCGCUCGCUCACCGUCUCACCCCCGCUGCCCCCCACAUCGCCCGGCUUCGAGCGUCACAAUGACCACGUCGCCGCCGCGCCGGGCGAGCAGCAGUACGCCGCCGUUCCCAUCCCGGGCGCCUACACACCGCUGGCCUCGCCCUCCUACCCACCUCCGCAGCAGCAGCAGCAAGGCUUCGACUUCGGUCCCAGCGCGCGCUAA